AUGCCUGUCGUGGCCCCAGAAAAGCUCAGCUCGCUCCAGUACGCUUGUGAAGACGUCAGAAACAUUUGCAUAUUGGCUCACGUAGACCACGGAAAGACGUCUCUAACAGACGCACUCAUCGCCACAAAUGGCAUCAUUUCCCCAAAGAUGGCCGGCAAGGUCAGGUACCUCGACUCACGGCCUGAUGAGCAGACAAGGGGUAUCACCAUGGAAUCUUCAGCCAUAUCACUAUACUUCUCUAUGCUCCGCCGGUCAGUACCGGAGGCUCCUCCGAUACACAAGGAGUAUCUGAUCAAUCUGAUUGAUUCGCCCGGACAUAUCGACUUCAGCAGCGAGGUAUCGACAGCAUCCAGAUUAUGCGACGGUGCUGUCGUCCUAGUUGAUGCUGUGGAGGGCGUCUGCAGUCAGACAGUCACUGUGCUACGUCAGACCUGGAUCGAGAAAUUGAAACCUCUCCUAGUCAUUAACAAGAUGGAUCGUCUGGUAACUGAGCUAAAGAUGACGCCUGGCGAGACAUAUCUUCAUCUGAGCAAACUACUCGAGCAAGUCAAUGCCGUCCUUGGAGGUUUCUUCCAAGGUGAACGCAUGGAGGAGGAUCUCAACUGGCGUGAGCGAAUGGAUGAGAGGGUCUCCGCUGCCGCCGCCGCGAAGGAGGCAGAGCUUACCGGUCAGGCUAGCGAAUCCGAAGAACUCGAGUUCCAAGAACGCGAUGACGAGGAAAUCUACUUUGCCCCAGAGAAAAACAACGUUAUUUUCAGCAGUGCCAUCGAUGGCUGGGCUUUUACCGUCAGGCAAUUUGCCAGUUUAUACGAAAAGAAGCUUGGCCUCAAAAGAACCGUUAUGGAGAAGGUGCUAUGGGGAGACUUUUACUUAGACCCUAAGACCAAGAAGGUCCUCGGCCGGAAACAUCUCAAGGGCCGGAACUUGAAGCCUAUGUUUGUUCAGCUUGUGCUUGAACAAGUUUGGGCAGUGUAUGCAGCAACAACCAGAGGCGACAGAGGCAAGUGUGAUCCUGCUCUACUGGAGAAAAUUACGAAGUCGUUGAACAUCACGAUACCGCCUCAUAUCGCCCGAUCAAAGGACCCGAAGCUGCUGCAAAGCACCGUAUUCUCUUCGUGGCUUCCUCUUUCGACAGCCUUACUGGUCUCUGUCGUCGAGUCUCUACCUUCCCCAAGCAUAGCGCAGGCAGAACGUCUCCCAGAGCUGCUAAAAGACUCCCCGGGGUCGGCUCAUAUUGACCCAGUUGUGAAAGAUGCCAUAGUAGGAUUCAAGACAUCCAAGUCUGACCCUGUCGUCGCCUACGUGAGCAAGAUAGUGUCCGUACCAGAAAGCGAGCUUCCCGGGAAUAAGCGCAGAGCAGGUCAAUUGAGCCCUGAGGAAGCUCGAGAACUUGCAAGGAAAAAGCGUGCCGAACUCGCCCGGGCACAAGCUGCGGACACACAUGGCGUGGAUAACCUGGCCACAGCCUUGGAAAGUGCUUCCCUGGACGGCUUCAUGCCUAAAGAAGAAGAGAAGCAAGCCGAGCCGGAGCACCUUAUCGGAUUCGCACGAAUGUUCUCGGGCACCCUGUCUGUUGGCGACUCGCUAUACGUCUUGUCGCCAAAGUUCUCUCCAGCGCACCCACACGCUGCCCCUGAACCGCAAAAGGUUACCGUCACCGCAUUGUACAUGCUGAUGGGGAGGAAUCUUGAGUCUUUGGACUCCGUGCCGGCAGGGGUAGUAUUUGGCAUCGGUGGCCUUGAAGGCCAUAUCUUGAAAUCCGGCACAUUAUGUAGUCAGUUGGAAGGUUCAGUGAACCUGGCAGGUGUCAACAUGGCUGGAAAGCCCAUCGUACGAGUUGCUCUCGAGCCUGUCAACCCAGCCGACCUUGACAAGAUGAUCACUGGGCUGAAGCUCUUGGUUCAGAGCGACCCUUGCGCUGAAUACGAACAAUUCGGAAGUGGCGAGCAUGUCCUUUUGACUGCUGGUGAACUUCACUUGGAACGAUGCUUGACAGAUCUCAAAGAGAGAUUUGCGAGAUGCGACAUCCAAGCCGGCGAGCCCAUAGUGCCGUACAGAGAGACGAUCAUACGAGCAGAAGAAAUGCGACCACCAGUCAACAAGGAGCUGGGGCGUGGUGUCGUCGUGGGAGUGACAAGCUCAAAGCAAGUGAGCAUAAAGUUGCGGGUUCGACCUCUUCCAGAAAAGGCUACAGAGUUUCUCCUGAAGAACUCGGGUGCUAUCAAGAAGAUCUACUCGGAGCGGAAGACGGAGGGGGGGGCUGGGCCCACGAAUGGAACCGAAGUCGAACAAGAAAACGUCGAACUUGACGAUGACGUGUUGGAAGGAAGAUGUCUGUCUCAGGAGGAUCUGAAGAAACAACUCGUGGCAGUGCUCGAAACCGGCAAAACCCGUGAAGCUUGGAAGGGCUCCGUUGAGAAGAUCGCCGCCUUUGGGCCUCGCAGAACCGGUCCAAACUUACUCCUUGACGAGACCAAUGACGGCUUUUUUGCCAAGAUCUUCGCCGCCAACAGUAAUAGCUAUGUCCCAGCGGUGGACGAGAGACUCUCUGCUGCGCAUCUCUGCGACAAGAUCACAUAUGCCUUCCAACUUGCAACAAACCAGGGCCCGCUAUGUCAUGAACCAGUGCAGGGGAUUGCCGUUAGCAUUGAGGAAAUUAUUGUCACGAAUACCGACGAAGAAACCACGGCACGAGAUAGUUUGGGCAGACUGACUGGUGAGGUCAUCAAGUCAGUCCAGCAAUCCAUCCGUUCGGCAUUCCUUGAUUGGUCACCGCGACUGAUGUUGGCCAUGUAUUCAUGCGAGAUCCAAGCAAGCACCGAGGUCCUGGGUCGUGUAUACGACGUCCUGACCCGCCGCCGCGGCCACGUGCUUUCGGAGGCCAUGAACGAAGGCACGCCCUUCUUCACUAUCUCUUCCACCCUGCCAGUAGCCGAAUCCUUCGGAUUCGCAGACGACAUGCGCAAGCGCACCUCUGGCGGAGCUCAGCCGCAGCUCAUCUUCACCGGCUACGAAGUGCUGGAGGAGGACCCCUUCUGGCAGCCGUUUACAGAGGAUGAUCUCGAGGACCUUGGAGAGCUGGCGGAUCGCGAAAAUGUCGCUAAGCGGUAUAUGGAUGGCGUGAGGCGCAAGAAGGGGUUGCUUGUUGAGGGACGGGGUGAGAGGAAGGCGGCGGAGAAGCACAAGACUUUGAAGAGGUAA